AUGGGUGAUAUAGGCAAUGAAGGAAGCAUGGACUUUGACCUCAUCAUCAAGAAUGCCACUAUUGUCACAGCGUCCGAAGUCCUGCAACCGGGGCUCUCGAUCGGCAUCAAGAAUGGCAUCAUUGUCGCCAUAGCGCUUUUUCUUCCCGUCGGAGCAUCUACCAAGGUCGUCGAUGCGGAGGGAGCCUAUGUGACUCCCGGCGGCGUGGACUCGCACGUUCACUUGCACCAGGACAAUGCUCCGACCGGCGACAAAUGGUUGACUGGGUCCCGGUCAGCUCUGGCCGGUGGGACCACCACGAUCCUCGCAUUCGCGACACAGUCGAGGACCCAAGAGUCACUGUUUCCCGUUGUGAAAGAGUACCACAGUCGUGCCGACGGCCAAUCCUACAUCGACUAUGGGUUCCAUUUGAUCCUGACGAAGCCGACCGAGAAGAUUCUCCAGCACGAACUGAAAGCGAUGGUCGAUCAAGAAGGCAUCACGAGCGUCAAACUCUACAUGACCUAUCCGGCGAUGAAACUCGGUGACGGUGAUAUGCUCGAGAUUAUGAUGCAAGCGAGAGCACUGGGUGUGACGACGAUGAUUCAUGCCGAAAACAGCGACAUGAUUGAUAUGAUUACGAGCCGACUCCUCCGCAACUCUCGAACUCUCCCCAAAUACCAUGCAAUUGCUCGUCCACAGAUCGCCGAGUCCGAAGCCACCAACCGAGCAAUUUCUCUCUCGACGCUGACCUCCACACCGAUCCUGAUUGUCCACAUGUCUUCACCCGUAGCCAUCUCCCACGCGCGCAAGGCUCAAUCGAAAUCUCUUCUGCCUGUUCACGCCGAAACGUGUCCUCACUACUUGUAUCUCCUGUCCUCGAAACUGGCAGCUACAUCUGUCCCGGCUGCCCUAGCUCCAGAACCUCACUCACCCUCACACUCACCCUCACACUCACCCUCCCACGGCGGUGGCGAAGAAGAAGAAGAAGAAGUCGAAGACGAAUGGGCCGGUGCCCGGCACGUUUGUGCUCCACCGCUCCGACACUCCACUUCUGACCUUCAGUCGAUCUGGGACGCCAUGUUGAACGGCACCAUCACCACCGUCUCUUCCGACCACGCUCCAAGUCUUUACAACUCUCCGGGUGGGAAACGCAAACCCCUGAUCGACGCCGCGGCUUCUCAGACCGUCCCUACGUUCGCACAAAUCCCCAACGGUCUUCCGGGUUUGGAGACGCGACUUCCGUUGCUCUUCGACGCCGCCACAAACGUCGACACCCCGCCUUCGAGGCGACUCUCUCUACCGAAAUUUGUGGAAUUGACUUCCACGAACCCCGCGCGGCUGUACGGACUCUCGGGGCGUAAAGGUACCAUCGCCCCGGGGUUCGACGCAGACAUCACCAUCUGGUACCCUUCUCCCGGGCACACCGGCGUGGCCGAAGGCGGACUGACAAUCACAAACGACAUGUUGCACCACAGUAUAGACUACACCCCCUUUGAAGGUGUGAAGGUUUGCAACUGGCCACGGUACACCAUCUUGCGCGGUGAGGUCAAGUGGGACCGUGACGUCGAGUUACGCGAAGGCCACGGACGUGGCAUACUGGGGAGCCCAGGUGACGGGAGGUACCUCAAACGUGGGAAAGGCGAGGUGCUCGUCGGGCGCACGGGUCAGCUUCCCCCGGGGAUGAGGGAAGGCGAGAGGGACGAGUGGGCCGUGUGGGCGACGCAUGACUAGUAGGCAGCGCUUGACACAGAAAAAUACAAGGCCGA